CCGGGUCGCGUGAGCACCGGAGAACUAAGGGAGCGGAAAAUGGCGUCUCACGGCCCGGGUAGUCUUACGACUCUGGUGCGCUGGGCUGCCGCCCUGCUCCUCGCUCUGGGCGUGGAAAGGGCUCUGGCGCUACCCGAGACGGGUCCUCUGGCUCUUGUGAAAGCUCUCUACGCCCGAACACCAUAUAUCGUGCAGUGGUAGGACUGUACUUUGUUUUGUAAUGCUUGAUGAGUUAUUUACCUACCUCCGGUCCUUUUAAACCAGGCCAAACUGGGACUUGAGAAGUCUUUGCAGAGAGCAUAAUAAAUAUGUUUGAAUAGUGAUCUUCAGAGAUGAGGACCUUCCCUGGCUGAUGUCUGGUACUGAAAGUGUCUGGAGAGCUGAUUCGGCGCCGGACUCUAGGGGAAGACAUGGCAUCUCCUAGCCUAGCCUGUUACAAGGAUAUGCACUCAAUGUCCAGGGAGUGUGCAAAAUUUGUCAAAAGUGGCCCUUUAUUGUAAAACGACACGAGAACUAAUGCUGCAUGCCCGUUGCUGCCUGAAUCAGAAGGGCACCAUCUUGGGGCUGGAUCUCCAGAACUGUUCUCUGGAGGACCCUGGUCCAAACUUUCAUCAGGCAUAUACCACUGUCAUCAUAGACCUGCAAGCAAACCCCCUCAAAGGUGACUUGGCCAACACUUUCCAUGGCUUUACUCAGCUCCAGACUCUGAUACUGCCACAAGAUGUCAACUGUCCUGGAGGAAUUAAUGCCUGGAAUACUAUCACCUCUUAUAUAGACAACCAAAUCUGUCAAGGGCAAAAGAACCUUUGCAAUAACACUGGGAACCCAGAAAUGUGUCCUGAGAAUGGAUCUUGUGUACCUGAUGGUCCAGGUCUUUUGCAGUGUGUUUGUGCUGAUGGUUUCCACGGAUACAAGUGUAUGCGCCAGGGCUCGUUCUCACUGCUUAUGUUCUUUGGGAUUCUGGGAUCCACCACUCUAUCCAUCUCCAUUCUGCUUUGGGGGACCCAACGCCGAAAAGCCAAGACUUCAUGAACCACAUAGGUCUUACCAUUGACCUAAGAUCGAUCUGAUCUAUCUUAGCCCAGCCAGGGAGCUCUGCUUCCUAGAAAGGCAUCUUUGGCCAGUGGAUUCACCUCAAGGUUGAGGCCGCCAUUGGAAGAGGAAAAAUUGCACUCACCUGGUGUAGACAAAUACCAGUUACCAUUUGUGUUGUUGCCUAUAAUAAACACUUUUUUUUCCCUCUCU